AUUGUUGGCUAAACCCCAAGAAACGUGAAAAAUGUAGAUGUCACGUGUUUUUAUGGUUGAAAAAGAAACAACCAACAGCCAGCUCUCGGAAUCUUCUUACAACGGAGCCGCCGUGCCACCGGAAUGCCAAUCAAAUCACAAAAAUUACACCAACUCAUCUAAUCUUAAGCCUUGAUUUUUAACAUUUAAACUCAUUUUUUUGACAAUUUUCCAAAAUCUUCGCUGACUCCAGUUAUCCCAUUUUGUUGAAGAUUCCAAUUAGCUCAAAUUUGAGUUCCUGUACUUGCUCAUAAAUCCCAUGUACUAAAAUUCAUGUUUGAUGAUGCAUAUAAGUUUAUGGAUGCUGCAAAUUCCCUAGCCAAAACCAUCUGACUUAUUGAUAUAUGCUAAGUACUAGAGAAACAGCCUUGUACUGUAGAGGAAGAUGUCGAUCCUCUGUGGUUUACCUCUUAUUGAGUGUGUAUACUGCCUAGGCUGUGCUCGUUGGGCGUGGAAGCGGUGUCUUCACACGGCUGGCCAUGAUAGUGAGGAUUGGGGGAUUGCUACUGCUGAGGAAUUUGAGCCUGUACCUCGAUUGUGUCGGUACAUUCUUUCUGUUUACGAGGAUGAUCUACGAAACCCUCUCUUUGCACCACCUGGAGGUUAUGGAAUGGACUCGGAUUGUUUAGUAACUAAAAGGACAUACAAAGAUACACAAAAACAUGCGCCUCCGUAUAUAGUGUACCUUGAUCAUGAUCAUGGUGAUAUAGUUCUUGCCUUUAGGGGGUUAAAUAUGGCUAAGGAAAGUGAUUAUAAAGUCCUUUUGGAUAAUAAGUUGGGAAAAAAGAAAUUCGAUGGAGGUUAUGUGCAUAAUGGUCUAUUUAGAGCUGCUGUUUGGGUUUUGGAGAAAGAGGGUGAUUUGUUGAGGGAGCUGAUUGAAAAACAUCCAGAUUAUACAUUGACUUUUGCUGGUCACUCCCUUGGGUCGGGUGUUGCAACACUUCUGACAAUGGUGGCUGUGCAUAACCUAGAAAAAUUGGGAAAUAUUGACAGGAAAAAGGUUAGAGGCUAUGCUAUUGCACCUGCUAGGAGCGUUUCACUAAAUCUUGCUGUAAGAUAUGCAGAUGUCAUCAACUCUGUUGUGCUUCAGGAUGACUUUUUGCCAAGGACAGCAACGCCUCUAGAAGACAUAUUCAAAUCACUUUUUUGUUUACCGUGCUUACUAUGCUUAAGGUGUAUGAGGGAUACAUGCAUAUCAGAGGAAAAGAAGCUCAGAGAUCCAAGAAGGUUGUAUGCACCUGGUCGUCUGUAUCACAUUGUUGAGAGAAAAUUAUUCAGAUGUGGAAGGUUCCCUCCAGUUGUUAGGACAGCAGUUCCUGUAGAUGGAAGGUUUGAGCAUAUUGUUCUUUCCUGUAAUGCAACUUCUGACCAUGCUAUCAUUUGGAUAGAAAGGGAAGCCAAAAGGGCAUUGGAGCUGAUGCAAGAGAAAGAUGAUGUAAUGGAAAUUCCAGUUAAGCAAAAGAUGGAGAGGCAGGAGACUUUGGCCAGAGAACAUAGUCAAGAACACAAAGCAGCGUUGCAGAGAGCUGUCACGUUAUCUGUACCUCAUGCAAUUCUUCCUUCCCAAUAUGGAACUUUUGAGGAUCUUGAUGACGAAAGUGAGCAUUCAGAUGGAUCUUUCCAAGGGACACCUUCUGAGGAAUCAUCUAAGGGAAGCAAAAAGAAGGAAAGCUGGGAUGAAUUAGUUGCACGUCUUUUCGACAAGGAUGAAACUGGUCAUCUCAUCCCCAAAAAAGGCUCUUAGUAUUUAGAACUACCAUGUGUAUGUUGUAUUGUUGUGUUAUGAGUUAUUCUUUCUAUUCUUUACCAAUUGUUUUCCCGGAUUUGGCAUUUGUUUCUCGAACAUAAUUAAAAGAGUUGUUCCACUUUGUUAGAGGCAUUAAACUUAGUAGAUGAUAUGACAAUGGCUGCAACAUUCCUCUAUUAUAAUCUAUGUCAGGAGUUGCUCUGGUCAAAUUUCAGUAAUUGUAUAA